GCUUUGUCUUUGUUACCGCUCUUCUUCCCACAGUUGAAAGAUUUUUAGUCGAUAAAAUAUCGGAAAAUUAUCAAAUAAUAGAUUUUCUGAACUUUAAUAUGAAAAUUGGAACUUGUGAGCUCGAGCAGCAUAAUUGGUAUCAGUAAUGGAGAAUUUACAGAUGGGAAGCUCAAACCAAACAUCACAUCAAGAUCUUCCAGAGUUGCACCUUUCACUAGGACCUGAAGCUCAUCAACCUUUGAAUAUGGAAGAGAUGCACACCAUUCAGAAAGGUGAGAAGCCAUACGUGUGUUCUAUAUGUGGGCGAACCUUCAGCCGGUCGUUCAAUCUGGAGAGACACAAGCGAAACCACACUGGGGAGCAACCCUAUAAAUGUGGAGACUGUGGGAAGGGAUUUAGCUAUCCUUCUGAGUUGGAAACUCAUCGACGUAGCCACACUGGGGAGAAACCAUUCACCUGCUCUGUGUGUGGCAAGCGAUUCAGUCAAUUGUCCAGCCUGCAGACACACCAGGGAAUUCAUACUACACAGAAGCCGUUCAGUUGCUCAGUGUGUGGGAAAGGGUUCAUUCGGCCGGCUUACCUUGAAAUCCAUCGACGCAGUCACACUGGAGAGAGGCCUUUCACCUGCUCUGUCUGUGGGAAAGGAUUCACUCAGUCUUCCCACCUAUUGACACACCAGCGAGUUCACACUGGGGAGAGGCCAUUUUCCUGCUCUGUAUGCACAAAAAGAUUUACUCAGUUGUCGAGCCUGUUGGCACAUCAACGAGUUCACAUGGGAGAGAGGCCAUUCACCUGCUCAGUGUGUGGAAAGGGAUUCAAAACCCUUCCCAGGCUAGAAACUCAUCAACGUAGUCACACUAUGGAGAAACCGGUCAUCUGCUCGGUGUGUGGGAAAGGAUUUAAUUGCCCAGCUCAUCUAGAAAUUCAUCAGCGUAGUCACACCGGAGAAAGGCCUUUCAGCUGCUCUGUUUGUGAAAAGAGAUUCAUUUGUUCAUCGCACUUGAUGAAACACCAACGCAUUCACACUGGGGAGAGGCCGUUCAGCUGCUCCGUGUGUGGGAAGAGAUUCAAUUGUGCAUCCUACCUGGAAAUUCAUCGACGCAGUCACACUGGAGAGAGGCCUUUCACCUGCUCUGUGUGUGGGAAAGGAUUCACUUGUAGCUCCAACCUGCUGACGCACCAACGAGUUCACACUGGGGAGGGGCCAUUUACCUGCUCUGUGUGUGGAAAGGGUUUUAAGACCCUGUCCAAGCUGGAAACUCAUCGACACAUUCACACUGGGGAGAGGCCGUUCACCUGCUCUGUGUGUGGGAAAGAGUUCAAUUACCCAUCCCAGCUAGAAACUCAUCGCCGCAGUCACACUGGGGAGAGGCCAUUUACCUGCUCUGUGUGUGGGAAGGGAUUCACUCGAUCAUACCAUCUGCUCAUUCAUCAGCGAGUUCAUUCUGGAGAGAGGCCAUUUAAAUGUUCUGUUUGUGGAAAGGGAUUCACUUGUUCACCUGACCUGCUGAGACACCAGCAAGCUCAUGUCUGAUGACACUGAGUGGAUUUUGCUGCUGGAUUUUCCUGUGAAUCACAUCCAGGACUGAACCAUGUUCACUCUGGCAGUCGGGGUUUAUUUCUGCUGAUGUGAAUAACCCUUAGAAUUGGG